AGGGGAGGGGAGGGGAAGGCGGAGAGAGAGACAAGUGUAAAGGGCCAGAACCGUGGCAGGAGAAGCCUCCCUCCCGUUGGACCAUUGCGGGCAGACCAUUUCCCCCCCCCUCCCGGGGCCGAAAGGAUGCGCGCCUGCUCCCCCCGGGGUCCCUGAGUAUGACAUGGAGUAUGGCUAGUUUGUGAUGAAGACUACAACUUAGCAGAUGCAGUAGCUGAUGGUGAUGAUGAUGAUGAUGCUUGAACACAGCUGGAUUUGCUGAGGGAGGCAGAAUGGUGGCAGGAGCUGGAGUCUCAAAGGUUCUGGUACCUGGCCUCCAUAAGAAGCCAUGAUCACUCUGAUAACUGAGCAGCUACAGAAACAGAGCCUAGAUGAAUUGAAAUGCACAUCCUUCAACAUCACUCUGGUCUGGAGUCCAUGGUGAACGUGCCUGGAAUUAAUAAGUUAAAACAGCACAAAGUCACUGCAGGUGCAGCCAGGAACAGAACUCAUCUUUUCCAUACAGAAGUUUGAACACUGAGGUGUAGACUUCCAAGAAUGGGAUGUGGCCUAAUGAAGCUUUUGCAGGGAAGCCUUUGCCUGAUCAUGCUGAUGUGGCCAGCUGUGGCAGCCCCUUCCAGAUAGCGCCUGAGGGAGCUUCAUGGAGGGACCUGACUCCCUGUCCAAAGAUCCAUCUUCAGGACAACACAGGUCUAUACCAACACUCCAGCUUGAGCCUUCCAUUGCCCCCCUGUGGCCCAGACGACAGUCCUCAGAACAGACUUGCACCUCAAACACUGGCCACCAAUUCACUAGGCUCAGAAAAGGCUUCUGUGCCCCCCACAAAAAGACACUGUCGUUCCCUCUCAGUGCCCGAAGACCUCUCCCGAUGGCAAGCUGUCUGGAGGCCCCUGGGGUCCAAAGUAUGGACACACAUCAAACGUCGGGACAAUACUGGAGGGGACACUUUGGCAGUGCAGCCCCAGACCGUAGCCCAGGGAGCCAACAGACUUUGCUUCAACCCUGCCCCCAGUGCCUCUCAUCAGGGUGUUCAAGAUGGUGCUAGUGGUGGAAGGAGUCCACCUUUCUUCAGUUUGGCCCUCUCCCGAGAAUCGCCAGCAAGUGUACCAUGGGAGACUGGAGAGACUUUGCAGCCCUAUCCUCUGCAACGACGUUUCUCCCUGUCACCUGUCAGAUUUUUGCCCUCCCCACAAAGCUCUACCACCUCCACACCAGAGCUGCUUCGACACCAGCAUAGCCUCCCUCGCAGCCGCUCCCAGCCUUGUGACUUGGACACCAGGAAAUGUGGUCUUAAGCGGCGCCAUGAUGAGGAUGUGAGGUGGCACAGGCCCUCACUUGAUUUCUACAAGAUGAAUCAGAAACCAUUUGCAGGAGGUGCCUGUCAGUUAGACAAAUCUGAAGAAAGUGGCUAUCCAUCAUGGCUCUUGGACUGCAGUCCACAAGCACCCUCAGCUCCAUGCAGCCCCCUCAGCAAUUGCAUCCAGGUGCUUAGUGAAAGUGAAGAAGAGGAGGAAGAAGAAGAGGAAGAGGAAUCAGCAGUACGAGCAGCAAGGCAACUAAACUGGAAUUUAGCGAGCAAAAGAACACUUUUUCAGCCAGACUUUAGUGACCUGGAUCUAACAUUGAUUGAGGAGAACUAGGGGUUGGGUGUCUUUUUGAAAAACGUACUUGGGACUAGCAGCAGGACAUGGCUGCACUCCUGGAUGAGGGCCGAGGGAGUAGGGAGGGGAUAGGGGGAAAGUGGCGGUGGGACCAAUGGGGUUUUGUCUGCUUGUUUCUUUUGUAUUAAAAAAGAAAAGAAAUUUA